UGGAUAUUGACAAAAGUUAGGGGGUAAAAAUGAACUUUAUCCCCUUAUAAAAUAUAGAGGAAGAAUUGAAAAACCAAAAAGAGCCAACUACUUCUCGCCCACCCUCUCUCCUUCGCUCCCAAGAAAAUGGCUUCCUCAACAACAAUGUCCACGGUGGUGAUGAUGGUGGCCUUCCUACUUUUGAGCACCAGCACAACCACAACAAAUGCGCAGAACGUAGCAUCUUGUGCUCAGAAGCUAAUCCCAUGCGGCGACUACCUCAACACAACAACCACCCCUCCAGAGUCUUGCUGUGGCUCCAUCAAAGAAGCCGUAACUAACGAGCUCCCUUGCCUCUGCAACCUCUAUAACUCCCCUGGUUUGCUCCAAAGCUUUAACAUCAAUAUCACUCAGGCCCUGGCCCUCACCCGGCGAUGCGGGGUUAACGCUGAUCUCUCUGCUUGCACCAAAGCUGAAUCGCCAGGUUCCGUGCCCCCACCUCCAGGAGUGCCAGGAAAUGAUGGCAGCAGAAUGGCGUGGACUGGAUUUUCUGGCUUGCUCUUAUUAUGGGUCUCUUCUCUAUUUUAUUAGGCCACUUGCCACCAACAUUGGACUUUGAAGAUAUGAUUAUUAUAAUAAUUAAUAGUAAUAUAUACGUAUAUACAUACGUGAUGAUGAGAUCAUUCAUGCAUUAGGGAGCUGUAUUACUAUUUCCAUCAGUCGGAGAUUUUGUUAUUCUCUUGUUUAAUAUCCCAUUUAUUUGAACAUUGUUGUCGCUGUAAUUCUCCUAUUUGUUAUACUUUCGAUACAUUUAUGUUGUGAUUUUUACUACAUUAGUGUUGAAAAUUGAGUUUUUGAUA